AUGUUGUGCCUGCCCACAGGGGUGGUGAACAUCGGGGAGCACAACGUUCAGGAGCUGAUCGUCGCCGCCGACAUGCUGCAGCUGACGGAGGUGGUGGAGCUCUGCUGCGAGUUCCUGAAGGGGCAGAUCGACCCGCUCAACUGCAUCGGCCUCUUCCAGUUCUCCGAGCAGAUCGCCUGUCACGACUUGAUGGAGUACACCGAGAGCUACAUCCACGCGCACUUCCUGGAGGUGCAGAGCGGGGAGGAGUUCCUGGCGCUGACUAAAGAGCAGCUGAUUAAGAUCUUGCGAAGCGAGGACCUUAGCAUCGAGGACGAGUACCAGGUUUUCAUAGCGGCAAUGCAGUGGAUUUUGAAGGAUGUGGGGAAAAGAAAGAAAUACGUCGUAGAAGUACUGGAGCCUGUUCGAUUCCCUCUGCUACCAGCACAGAGGCUACUAAAAUACAUAGAAAGUAUUCCAGAUUUCAGCCUUCGGGUGGCCCUGCAAACACUGUUGAAAGAAUAUUGUGAAGUCUGUAAAUCUCCCAAAGAGAACAAGGUCAGCAGUUUUCUGCAAGCUUCUAAAGGUCGUCCCCGGAGGAAAGCCAGGAAGUACCUUUAUGCAGUAGGUGGGUACACCCGACUGCAAGGAGGACGCUGGAGUGACAGUAGAGCCCUCAGCUGUGUGGAGCGAUUUGACACCUUCAGCCACUACUGGACCACAGUGUCCUCUCUCCACCAGGCCCGGAGUGGGCUGGGUGUGGCUGUGGUGGGAGGAAUGGUCUAUGCCAUUGGAGGUGAGAAGGACUCAAUGAUUUUUGACUGUACUGAAUGUUAUGAUCCUGUUACUAAGCAGUGGACCACUGUGGCUUCCAUGAACCAUCCCCGUUGUGGACUGGGAGUGUGCACGUGCUAUGGUGCUAUCUAUGCAUUGGGAGGUUGGGUUGGGGCAGAGAUUGGCAACACAAUUGAAAGAUUUGAUCCUGAAGAAAAUAGUUGGGAUGUGGUGGGAAGCAUGGCUGUGCCCCGUUACUGCUUUGGGUGUUGUGAAAUGCAAGGUUUGAUUUACGUUGUUGGUGGUAUCAGCAAUGAAGGAGUAGAGCUACGUUCUGUUGAAGUCUACGACCCAAUAUCUAAACGUUGGUCUGAGCUCGCUCCAAUGGGCACCCGAAGAGCGUAUCUUGGUGUGGCUGCUCUCAACGAUUGUAUCUAUGCUGUGGGAGGCUGGAAUGAAUCUCAGGAUGCGCUUGCUACUGUAGAAAGAUACUCCUUUGAAGAGGAAAAGUGGGUUGAAGUUGCAUCAAUGAAGAUACCAAGAGCUGGUGUGUGUGUUGUGGCUGUGAAUGGAUUUCUUUAUGCCUCGGGAGGUCGAGCUCCCAGCCAUGAUUUUGCUGCUCCGGUAACCUCUGACUCUGUUGAAGUUUAUAACCCUCAUAUGGACAGUUGGACUGAAAUUGCCAACAUGAUCACCAGCCGCUGUGAAGGAGGUGUAGCUGUGCUGUAAAACACAAAGAAGAAAACUCAUUCAGGGAACGAGUAAAUCUGUCUCCUCAGAUUUCCGGUUUCAUUCGCCAGAAACCUCUUCUAACACAGGAGCUUCAAUAGAGACAGUGGAGAAUUAGAUCAGAGGGCUUUUCCUGAGCAAAAGGAACUACUAAAACUCUCGCCCUUCAAAGU